AUGUCAUCCACCGGUGGACAAACCGGCGAGGCCAGAGAUGCGCCGAACAGCUUGUCGUCCUUCCUGUCGACGCUGGUCCCUACAGCAAUCCUCGCCGCUGCCUUCGUCACGGCCUUCAUCAUUUUCCGCAAGUCCUUCCGCCGAGUGUACGCGCCUAGGACGUACCUCAAUCAUCUGGGGGUUCAACGACAGACUCCAGCCCCGAGUGGGGGCAUGUUUGGAUGGCUCAAGGACUUUAAGAAUCUCAAGGAUGAGUAUAUCCUGGAUCAUCAGUCGAUCGACGGCUAUCUUUUCGUGCGCUUCUUCAAGGUGAUGGUUGUUCUGAGCUUCUUGGGCGCUUGCAUCACCUGGCCUGUUCUGUUCCCAGUCAACGCGACUGGCGGUGCUGGACAACAGCAGUUCGACAUUCUCUCUAUGAGUAAUGUCCUGAACGAAGGCGUUAAUGUCAACCGCUACUACGCCCACGCAAUCAUCUCAGCGAUUUUCCUGAGUCUCAUCAUGGUGAUCGUUGCGCGUGAAUCAUUCUACACUGUAAACCUCCGUCAAGCCUACCGCCGAUCACCGUGGGGCGCCAGUCGUCUGUCCGCGCGAACGAUCUUGUUCACCAACGUGCCAAAGACACUCUCCCAGAGUGCAUUGUUUGAGAUGUUCCCUGGUGUCAAGCAUGCUUGGGUUGCGUCCAAUACCAAGGACCUCGAAGAUCUCGUUGAGGAUCGCGACAAGACGGCUCUCAAAUUCGAGGCUGGCGAGGUCCAGCUUUUGACUGAUGCCAACAAGAAUAGGAUGAAGGCUGAGAAGGGCAAGAAGCACUUCGUAAACGAGAACGCACAGGAUGGGACUAAGUGGCUCAACCCUAAGGACCGCCCAACCCACAAGCUCAAGUUCCUCAUUGGCAAGAAGGUCGACACCAUCGAGUAUGGACGCCAGCACCUGGCUGAGCUUAUCCCCAAGAUCACCGCUGAGCAGGACAAGCACUGGAACGGCCAAGGCGAGCUCGUUGGCGCUGUGUUUAUUGAGUUCGACACCCAGAGGCGCGCCCAGGAUGCAUGGCAGAUGAUGCAAAGUCGCAAGAACAAGCCCAACUCCAAGAUGGACGCUCGUCAGCUUGGUGUCAUGCCUCAAGAAGUGGUCUGGAAUAACCUCAAGAUUGGCAAGUCUCAACACUUCAUCCGCUGGGCUGUUGCUACCGCCAUCAUCGCCGUCAUGGUCAUCUUCUUCGCCGUUCCCGUUGCUUUCGUUGGUUUGAUUUCCAACAUCAACUACCUGGCUGGACGAUUUACUUGGCUAUCGUGGAUCCUUGACAUCCCCGCAGUGAUUCUGGGUGUUGUCACCGGUCUGUUGCCCACCGUUAUGCUUGCUGUCUUGAUGGCUUUGGUUCCUAUCUUCUGCCGUCUCAUGGCUAAGCUGGCCGGUUACGUCACUUGGAGCCAGAUUGAGUUAAAGACACAGAGCUGGUACUUCGUUUUCCAGGUUGUUCAGGUGUUUCUUGUCGCAACCCUUUCUAGCGCCAUUACCUCCGUUAUCAACGAUGUCCUCAACAACCCCGGUAGCGUCCUGGGCCUUCUCGCAGAGAAUCUGCCCAAAGCGUCCAACUUCUACAUCAGUUACUUUGUCUUGUUGGGACUUUCGUCGGCCGCCGGUACACUUCUCAACAUUGGUGGCUUUGUCGUCGUCGUACUCCUUGGUCGUAUUCUCCCUGGAAAGACACCUCGCAAGGUUUUUGACAAGCUUACUAAGCUCUCUGCUCCCGCAUGGGGAUCUGAGUUCCCCAAGUGGUGCAACUUGGGUGUUAUCGCCAUCACUUACUCUGGUAUUGCCCCACUAAUCUUGGGUUUUGCCACUGUCGGUUUCUCCCUCGUCUACAUUGCCUACCGCUACAACUUCCUCUAUGUAUACGAGACCAACAUCGAUACUAAGGGCGAGGCUUACCAGAAGGCAUUGAAGCAGCUCCUCACCGGUGUCUACCUUUCGGAGAUCUGUCUUAUCGGCCUGUUCGCUAUCUCUACCGCGGACAACCGUUACUCCGCGGGUCCUCUGGCGAUCAUGUGCCUCAUGCUGGCAAUCACUGUCAUCUUCACCGUAACUCUAGGAAGGGCUCUCAAGCAUGAGGAGGCUCGUUUGGCAUACACCGACCCCACCCCGCAGAACGGUCACAUUGAGGAUGGACAUCGUGAUGAGAGCCGCGAGAAGUCUGAUUCUGCACCAUUGAACGGCACCAACUCGGAUCACGCCCCGAAGGCUUCUCGCAUUCCCGGCUUCCUCAGGAAAAUCAUCAACCCAGAGCGCAACUCACUCAACACUCUCUACGGCACGCUGGACAAGUUCUAUCACCAACCUCAGGAGCCACUCCCUGUCGAGAUCCAGAAGCGCGCCUUCUUCAACCCUGCUGUCACAUCGCCUACACCUGUCAUCUGGAUCGUUCGCGACGACAUGGGCAUCAGUGAGCGUGAAAUCAGGGACACGAAGAAGGCUUGCCCCGAGCUGCAGAUGACAGACGAGCAAGCUAUCUUCAACGAGAAGGGCAAGGUCUACUGGAAGGGUGUCGAUGACGGUCACGCCAGGGAGGCACCUGUGUUUGACGAGCGCAUUGUCUACUAG